GGUUUGAAAGCCAAUCGCAUGAACUAAUGGCUUCUCGAAGAACUCAUACCAAGUCUCGCACAGGCUGCUUGAACUGUAAGCGACGCAAAGUCAAGUGCGAUGAAGCUCGCCCUUCGUGCUUCCACUGUACAAGGCAUGGUGUGGUAUGCAGUCUAUCCUCGUCAUCUUCUGUCAAUGACACGGAUGAAACAUACUCACCCAGUCUGCCAAAUCUGACAUCUUCAACACCUAAAUCCCUCGACAGUCAUCAUGUUGACUCUCCCCAUUACUUUCAAGAUUACAGUCACGCCAGUCCCACUGACCAAAUCGCCCCCUUUCCUCCCCAUGAGCUCUGGGCUCGCGAUUGCGAGUUGAUGCACCACUAUUGUACCGUGACCGCCGAAAGCCUGUCCAUCCGUAAAGACGUGACAUAUGUCUGGUCCGUUGCCAUCCCAAGACUAGGCUACCAAGACCCUUUUGUCAUGCAUGGAAUUCUUGCCAUUGCCGCCGCUCACAAAGCUUAUAUGCUUCCUGCCAGUCGAAAGACAUACCUCCCAUUGGCCGACUAUCACCAAACCCUCGGCUCUGAGGGUUAUCGUCGCUAUCUUCAACAUUUCGAUCUAUCCAAUUGGAUGCCUGUCUUUGGUUUUGCCUCAGUCGUUGUCUUGCACAUGCUGACUCUUCCCAUGCGUAUGGAAAACCGUGUGCUUGAGAGUCCCAUCACCAACAUUAUCGAGGUAGCUGGCCUGAUAAGAGGUAUCAGGACAACACUGGAGCCCGUCUUGGGACGUGUAGUCAGAACUGAGUUUGCCCCUGUCAUCUUCGGCAUCUGGAUGCUUGAUUCUGAUAAAGAAGCAGAACGGUAACGACACACCCGCCCUCCAAUCUCGUACCAACACAAGUUUGACUUUCAAUACAGAUAUCCUAAUCUUGAUAACUCGACUCUGCCUAGAGAUACAUGGACCUCUCUCCGAAGACUUCGGGCUUUUCAAGAAGCUGACAUUCCUGCCACUGGUCUACAACAUUAUGCAGAGGCUUUGGACGAUCUUGAGACCUCUGCUAAGCUCUUCGCUGCCGCUGGGGUGCAAUCUGAAUCUGGUGCUGUCCAAUUCUGGUUGUAUUCUGUCCAUGAUAGCAUUCUACUCGAUCUUGCCGCACACAGGCCCCAUGCGCUUCUUCUUUUCGCUUAUUAUCUCGUGCACUGGGCAGUCAUCGAGAGAAAGUUUUGGUAUAUGAGGGGUUGGUCUCGGCAACUAAUAGCCAAGAUAGAGGAAGGUUUAAUCGGCCAACCGAUGUUCCUUGAGAUGUUGAAUUGGCCCAAACAA